UAGCUUUUGCAUUGGUAUCCGGUCCUAGAAACUUUGAUAUUUAAGGAAUCUGAUGUUUUAGAUUUCUCUAUUGGAGCUGAUGGAACUGUUGCUAUGAUUAAAAAAGAUAAUGAAGUAUAUAUCAGAACUAUUCAUGCUAAUAAAUGGGAACGAAUUAGUUAUGGAAAUUAUGAACAUAAAAAUAUCUCCGUUUAUGAUUAUUAUACGAUUUAUACUAUAGAUUCUCGUAAUCAUUUAAUUAAAGCUUCUUAUGAUUUGAUGUCUAGCACAUAUAACUGGAAUUGCGAGUGUAAUAAAAAAUAUUAUCAAAUUUCUUGCCCUCUUGAAAUGGGUGAUGAAGAUAAUUUUAAUUCAAUAUGGAUCAUAGAUAGCAAGAAUUAUAUUUGUAAAAACUCUUUUAAUAAAUAUAUUGCUAUAUCAGAAUCUCCAUUUAAACAAAUUAAAGUUUUAAAUGAUCAAUACAUAAUUGGAAUUGAUAUCAAUAAUAACUUAUGGAAAUAUCGUGAUGGAGAUUGGGUUUUGGUUAAGAGUAAUGUUAAAAGUGCAACUCUUAAUUAUCUUGGUGAAAUUUAUUUUAUUGAUAACGAUAAUUUAGUUUUUAGAAUUAAAAAAUGAAAAGCAGAAAGAUUUGUAAAUAUGUAUAAUAUACAACAAAUAAAUAAAUAUAUAUGUGAAAUA